AUGUCGGAUCAGAGUGCGCCUGUUGCGCCUGUUGCGCCCGUUCCCGAGAAGCGGGAGGAAACUGUGGAAGUAGUCAACAAGCCCGUGGAAACUACCGCGACUGCUGCCGAAAACACCGAACAGACUGUAGUUAAAGACGAACCAGCCAGUGCCCCAAUCAAAGAGGUAGCUGCAAAGGAUGCUGCUACCACCACCACUGCCGCUACAGAGUCCGAAGCGGCAAAGCCCGAAGAACCCAAGGUUGAGAAGCCGACGUACCUCAGCAAGAACCCGGCUUUGGGUGAGUUGUUCAACCGCCUGCCAACCAUCCUCGGAAACAUUGGUCACACUGAGAUGUGGGGAGUGCCACUCAAGGAUAGCGACGAUAUCCCCACCGUCAACGUGUUGAUCAAGUUCCUGCGCGCAAAUGAAGGCAAUCCCCAAGCCGCCGAGACCCAGCUCAGCAAGGCGCUCCAAUGGCGCAAAGACGUGAACCCACUGGCAUUGGCAGAGUCUACAAAGUACAGUGCAGCCAAAUUCGGGGGUUUGGGAUACCUGACGACCUAUGAGGAGAAUGGACGGCCCUUGGUGUUUACUUGGAACAUCUACGGAGCCGUGAAGGAUAUUAGUGCAACAUUCGCGAAUACCGAUGAAUUCGUCCAAUGGCGUGCCGCUCUCAUGGAGCUCGCCGUACAAGACCUGAAGAUGAAGGAUGCCACCGAGGUAAUCGAGUACGACGGCGAGGAUCCCUACCAGAUGAUCCAAGUGCAUGAUUACAUGAAUGUCAAGUUCUUCCGUAUGGAUCCGUCUGUCCGUGCCGCAACAAAGAAGGUCAUCGAAGUGUUCGCUACGGCAUACCCAGAGCUCCUGAGUGAGAAGUUCUUCGUCAACGUCCCUGCUAUCAUGGGCUGGAUGUUUACCGCCAUGAAGUUUAUCCUGAGCCGGAACACUACGCGCAAGUUCCACCCGAUCACCAACGGCAUCAACUUGGCUCGGGAAUUCUCUCCUUCCAUUGCCGAACAAAUCCCCAAAGUUUAUGGUGGUAAGGGUCCGGAGCUGAAGGAGAAUGCCAGGUCCACCCCACUGGUCGAGGACAAGGAGCAGGAGAUUAAGGACAAGGGCAAGUCUGCUGAGGAGCCUACUGUUGCUGAGCCCACCAAGGAGGAGGCGCUUUCGAAAGAAGAAACCUCCAAGGCGGAGGCUGUCAAGGAACCCCAGGAGGAGGCUGCUAAGGAGCCAACCAAAGCAGAGGUUCCCAAGGCUGAGUCUUUGAAGGAAAAACCUGCAAAGGAUGGGGCCCAGUAG